AUGGGGAAGGUCCACGGAUCGCUGGCCCGCGCCGGCAAGGUGAAAAACCAGACGCCGAAGGUUAGCAAGCAGGAGAAGAAGAAGCAGCCCCGGGGGCGUGCCUUCAAGCGCCUGAAGUACACUCAGCGUUACCUUGCCAAGACGUUGAAACCUGGCGAGAAGCUCCGUAUGAACAAACAGCCGCCUGGAAAGGCCGGCUAA